AUGCGCCGGCUACUUCUCCCUUUGGUGGUGUCUACCACAUCUGGGGAUGUUGUGCGUUCCUUGUCCACAUCCCUGCCGUUGUGGUGCACAUCCUCCACUUCUGCCCGAUCCACACACUCUUCACAUGCCGUGGCCUUCACAGAUGAGGAGAUGGUGGAUGAGGAACACCUCGCACGACUACUCGUGCAGAAUACGCCCAUGUUUACCGCCGUAUCCCCGUCAAGAGCGGGAGAUGGGAAACCCAUAACGUCUUCUCAGGUCUCGUCUGCAAUAAAUGAAACUACAGUAUCAUCAGCAGAAGAAGAACAAGAGGAAGAAGAAGAGAAAGCAGUAGGGAUAAGUAACAAUAAGACGUUGAUGGGAUCUAUACCUACAGCGAAUGAUGCGGUGAAUAUUCCACGUAGUGGCACUGCGGUUACACAUUCAAGACGAGAGAAUGACUAUUACGCUAAAUACUCACAUGUGCGUCGUGUCCAGCAUACAAAGAUGGGUAAAGCGGAGAAUGAGAUGGAGCAAGAAGGAAGUAUUGAAUGGAUGUGUUGUGGUUGCCGAACAUAUAAUUUCAUUGGUAGGAAAAGUUGUAGACGGUGUAAACAAAAAGAUGUUGAAUCUUUUAAACAUAAUUUUCCACCAGCACGUCAUAUUCCACUUUUUCCUACUGUAUGGACUUGUCAUUCCUGUGGACAUGCAAAUCGUUGUGAUCAAACUAACUCUAAUAAUAGACGAAAAUUUUAUUGUGGAAAUUGUGGAGUUUACUUUAGUGGUUUACGUGAGUGGUAUUGUCCUUCAUGUAAUCACGUUAAUUCUCGUGGAUCUACACAAUGUGCAACAUGUUAUGAAGCUAGACCACACGUUUGGACAUGUUCUGAAUGCAAAGAAGAUAAAAACUCUAUCUUUUAUACAGAAUGUCGUAACUGUCGUUCCUCACGACAACGACUUGUCUCUGAUUCUACUGUUCUUUGUUCAACUUGUCAUCAACGCAAUGAUGUACAGUGGGAGAUGUGUUUUGUCUGCAUGACACCUCUUGGAAUGAUGCGAAGUGUGAAGAAACUACAAGAGAAGUCUGGUGUUACUAUUACAGAGAGUACAGAGUCAAUAUCAACAGUGGCCAACGCAGAGGAUGUUGUGGAAAAGGCCAAAAUGAAAGAAAAUAAUGUUGUUAAUAAUGUUUUAAAAGAAGUAGGACAGGACCAGAACAACCAGCAAGAGCAACAGCAACAGCAGCAACAACAACAAGAAGAAGAAGAUCUAAAGCAACGAGAGCAAAAUAAAGAAAAUAUGAAUACAACUUCAUCAUCAUCAACAACAACAACAACAACAACAACACAAGUAAAAGAAAAAAAACAAGAAGUUUCAGAUGAUGGUUCCUGGUGGUGUAUGGAAUGUCAAGUUUUACAUCGACGUAAUGUUGCAUUUUGUGAUAUUUGCCUUAAGCCAAAGACAUUAGUAGAUUCAAAAAGUGAAGAAACUCCAUCUAAUCAUUCUAAGCUUAAUAGCAGUAGUACUACUUGGACUUGCAGUGCAUGUUCUCAUUGCAAUGAAGAUAUAUCAGACAUUAUUUGUAAAAAAUGCCAAAAACCUCGACAACAAGAUCAUAAGGAAGAAGUUCAGAAAGGUCAAAAAGAAAAAGAAUCACUACAGGGAAAUUCACAUAAAACUAGUGAAGUUGUAGUAAAUACCUUGAACCCUAUUAUUUCUUCUUCUUCUUCAUCAUUAUGUAAUACGGGUGACUGGCGUUGUCCAUAUUGUAGAAAUAUGAUAAAUGUUAUGAUUACUUCCUGUUGUGGUGUACCACGUGAGGUUCCUUUUGGUUAUUGGCUUUGCCCCACCUGUUGUAGUACUAAUCGUGAUGAACGAGGUAAAUGUAUUGGUUGUAGUGCGGCUCCACCUGAAAAGCCUUGGCGUUGUCUUUUAUGCAGAAAUAAAAAUCAUAAUGACGCCUUUUUCUGUACGAGAUGUGGUUCUGCUCAUCCACAUCAUUGGAAGUGUGAAAAAUGUGGAGUGCGAUGUUUACAUGCGUGUGAUAAACGAUGUCGAUCUUGUGGAUCCGUAAAACCCACUAUAGAUCUAAUUGCUUGCCAGAAUUGUUGUGCAGAUAAUCAUCCAUCUCGAAAAAGUUGUUUUCGCUGUCGUGCACGACUCUCCUCUGAUAGUUGGAACUGUAAAGCCUGUGGAUCUCAUGGAAAUGAAAAACAUUUACGUCGCUGCACUAGUUGUGGUGAGGCACGUGUAUAUAAUAUGGAUGAAGUGACGUGGAUUUGUGAUGUCUGCAAUACCGCUGUUUACUCUGGUGGAGAUCUCCCUGUGCGUACACAAUGUCCACGUUGUAACUCGGAUCGCACAUCCCGUAGUGUUUGUGUGCCUAGUAGGUGGAAGUGUCGCCGUUGUGGUUUGACUAAUUUAUAUAAUGCCGCUACUUGUAUGGAAUGUGAAAGUAAACGUGUUCUUGUUGGUUUACAAACACAUACCACUUGUCCUACAUGUUUUCGAUUAACAUCUCUAACCGUAGAGGAGCGAUGUGAACACUGCGGUAGUGAUUUGGCACAAGUAAUCAAUAUGUGUGGGUCGGCGAUAUCACUGGAGACUUUCACAGCACCUCUCACCGUAACAGAAAGUACUGUGGUAUCUGGAAGUAAUACUAAAGAUGAUACGUUUGCUUUGACGAAUAAAGUUCUCUCUUCUUCUUCUUCAACUACUACUAUUGCUACUGCUUCUGCUGUUGCUGCAUCUUCUUUGCUAUACAAUAAUAUGGCGAAAGAGUCAUCUACGAUUGCUAGUCAAACGGAAUCGAGAAAAACUACUGUUUUAAGUGAUCAUAACGAGGGUUAUGUAGGAUUGGUUAAUAAUAAUGAUAAUGAUCUUGGUAUCUCAUCGUCAAGAACGAGGUCAACGUCAGAAUUUAUGGAGAGUUGUACUCUCACCAAUGGAAAUUCUGCCUACAAUGAUGAGGAGUUCAAAAUUAAACAUGAGGAAGAAAGUUUAAACAAUGAAUUUAAUAUUAACAGUGAGGAUAUUCAUCAUGAUGAUGAUGAUAUUUCCGAUGUUGAGGAUGAUAUUGAGGGUUUUGACGCUGGAGAGUGGAGUGGUGAUAUUCCAUCUUGGAUGUGUGGAAACUGCGAGGCCACAAACCUUGAGGAGGCGGAGAUAUGUGUAGAUUGUGGUCUUCGCCGUGCUGAUGAAUAG